AUGGCUGUGGCAGUGGUAGCACUGCCCAUGGGCCUGCUCCGCAUGAGACAUUUCCAAAUGUGGUACGGUUCCCAAAAACUACACCCAUGCAGGGACAGACACCGCCGGGUGUUAGUCACCCCACGGUGCAUGACAGCUCUGUCAAUAUGGAGAAAGAAAGAAUUUCUCUUAAGGGGCGCCCCACUGGGCACGGUGGCACGCCGCAAGAUAGUGACGACGGACGCAUCCACCUCAGGUUGGGGGGCGAUAUGCGAGGGUGUGGCAGUGAACGGGCUCUGGCCUCUGACCCAGUCCAGGCUGCACAUAAACGUUUUGGAGCUCCUCACAGUGUGGUUGGCCCUCCAACGGUUUCUGCCGAUGUUGAGGGGCCAGCACGUGCUUAUCAGGACAGACAACACAUCUGCCCUCGCUUACAUCAACCGACAGGGAGGGAUACGGUCCCGCCCUCUAUUUCAGGUGGUGACCCGUCUUCUUUUAUGGACGGAGAGGAAUGGUAUCCUCUCCCUCAGAGCAGUACAUAUUCCGGGGCGCAUCAAUGUGGGUGCAGAUCUUCUGUCCAGGGGCAAUCCACGUGCAGUGGACUGGCGACUACACCCUCAGGUAGUGGAGGAGAUUUGGACGUGUUUUGGCAAGGCCGAUGUCGACCUGUUCGCGUCACGACAGAACACACAAUGUCCCCUAUGGUUUUCUCUGGGAGGGGACAGCCCCCCAUUGGGGGUGGAUGCACUUGCACACACCUGGCCCGUCGGCCGGCUGUAUGCCUUCCCACCAGUGGCCCUCCUUCCACAUGUCCUGGCCAGAGUGAGAGAGGAACACCAGUCACUCACCCUAGUCGCCCCGAGGUGGCCCAACCAACCUUGGUUUGCAGACCUUUGCAGGCUGACGGUGGGCACACCAUGGGAGAUUCCACUGCGUCGGGAUCUCCUGACACAGGGCCACGGUACGAUUUGGCACCCGCGGCCGGCGCUAUGGAAACUAGCAGCCUGGCAGCUGAAAGGGGGUCAUGACCCCUUCCAGUGCUCGGUCAUAGUGAUCCUGAAUUUACUCCAGGAAUUAUUGGACCAAGGUAAAGCCGCCUCUACUAUAAAGGUGUAUGUGGCGGCUAUUUCUGCGUGUCACUUUGGCAUUGGAGGUGCCAGCCCUGGCACCCACCCCUUGGUUACGCGCUUCAUGGCGGGAGUGCGACGCCUUAAAGUGUCCCGACCUGUUCUCUUCCCGACAUGGGAUUUGACAGUAGUGCUACGUGCAUUGACGGAGCCGCCCUUUGAGCCCCUCCAGUCAGUGGACACAAAGACACUCUCCCUAAAGACGGUGGCGCUGGCCUCUGCCAAGCGGGUGACUACAGCUCCUCUCCAGAGUCAGAUGAUUGAGCUGGCGAGUUUUUCUCCACCGCCCUUCGCUUGGGUGGAAGAAGAGACAUAA